CUGUAAGUCUUGAAUUGGCUACACACCACACGGCAUGCAAACAAACGUCGUCGGUUGCAAAUUUAUUUUAAAUCUCGUUCCAAAGUUUUCGUUUUUAAUGAAAUUGUGUGUUCUUGACUCAACAAAAUGAACGGAUUAGUGAUAUUUAUGCUGUACGCAUUGGCUUAUGUGGAAGGUGUUGCUAUUCCAACAACUAACCCAACAGAUACUCUAUCAACUGGAAUCUCAAAAAAUGAUAUUGAACAGACAAAUAAUGUUUGCACAACCGAUACUUGCACAACGGAAGCGAAUCGGAUCUUGAACUCUCUAGACACCAACAUCGAUCCGUGUGGGAAUUUCCACGAUUUUGCAUGUGGCAAUUAUAUACGAGAUACAGUGCUUGCUGAAGGGAAACCCAAAGAAUGGGCAUUUUCGCAAGGUCAAGACGAAAUUGAUGGACAAAUGCAAUCAACACUACGUGAAGAGAUCCGGCCAGAAGAACUGAAGGCAUUUAAGCUCGCUAAGGAAUUUACUAAAAUGUGUUUGGACGAAACGACUUUGAAUGAAAAAGGAAUCGCACCAAUAAGGGACAUGUUAGAGAAAUAUGGUGGAUGGCCAGUGGUGGAAGGCGACGACUGGAAGUCGGAUGAAUGGGAUUGGCUUGAUGCGACCAAAAAAAUGUUGAACGAUGGCUUUCCCAAUAACUUCAUUUUAGACAUAACAGUAGACUUUGACGUUGCCGAUAACACAAAAAAUAUAAUCACAAUAAAUCGAGCAGAAUUUGGUCUGGAGAAAGAUCUGUUGCUGGAUGGUGGGAAAAAUCCGAAUGUGAAGGCUUAUCUUGAUUAUAUGAUUGAUGUAGCUGUUCUUUUCGGUGCGAACCGAACGAGAGCUUCAGAAGAGCUAAUGGAAGUUCUCUUAUUCGAAGCAGCAUUAGCUCAGAUCGAAGCUGUGACUGUUUAUACGAAAGCGACCAUUGAUGACCUUGAAACGUAUUUACCGAACUUCAAUUGGACCGAUUACAUAAAUUGGAGUUUGAAUGGUCUUCAUCAUGUUAACGAAAACGAAACCGUGGUACUAAAUGAAGGUGGAGAAGUGAUUGCUUCUCUCGAUGCUCUUAUGCAGAAAGUAACCAAACGAACAAUCGCCAACUACAUGGCAUGGAGAGUAGUUUUAUUCGCUUCGGAAUUUUCUAGCGAUGAGCUUUAUAAACGAUCUCAAACAUUCGGCAAUAGCAUACUAGGCGUGCUCAAGCCGAAUCCACGAUCGGUUGACUGUUCAGAGAUCACAAUGAAAAACUUACCAAUUGCCGUUAGUGCAAUUUACGUCCGUAAGUUUUUCAACGAGGAGUCACGAAAAAUGGCCGUUCAAGUGGCGAAACUAAUUCACGACGAAUUCUUACAAACAUUGAACCGAGUCCCUUGGAUGGACGAAACAACUAGAGCUGCAGCUAUCUCGAAAGCCAACGGAAUGUAUUUCCAUAUCGGAUAUCCGGAUGAGCUCCUUGACGAUAAAAAACUAGACGAACACUAUAAAGACCUUGAACUUCAAUCGGAUUCUCUACUGUACAGUGCGAUGCGUAUUCAAAAGUUCAACAAAGAUCAGAAAGUCCGUCUGUUACGCAUUCCGGUGAACAAAACGGAUUGGGUCGAACAUUCGAUACGAACAACCAAAGUGGGUGCCACGUAUUUAGUAUUCGAAAAUAGCAUUGAGCUUCCUGCGGCUAUUUUCCAAGAUCGAUUCUUUUCGAUAAAACGGCCAUUUUCCAUGAACUUUGGUACACUUGGUUUUUCUUUGGGACAUGAAAUUACCCACGGUUUCGAUAGCAACGGUAGAAAAGUCGACUCCAACGGCAAUAUGGCAGAUUGGUGGGAAGAAGAUACGUUAGACAAAUUUGUCGAGAGAUCAAAUUGCUUCAUACAGCAGUAUUCAAACUACACAGAUGCUCAUACAACGGUGAACGGCGAAAAGACUCUCGACGAAAAUAUAGCCGACAAUGGCGGAAUCAAAGUUGCGUACGCCGCAUACCAAAAAUAUGUAGAAAAAAAUGGAGCCGAUCCGGUGUUGCCGGGUCUGAACUACACAUCAAACCAGCUGUUUUGGAUCAGUGGAGCGCAGCUUUGGUGUUCGGUGACACGACCAGCGUAUAUUGAAACAAGCAAUGUGCUCAACGAUCAUACGCCAGAUAAUUUUCGUAUAAUCGGUGCUUAUAGUAAUUUGGAGCAUUUCGCGAAGGAUUUCAAUUGCGAGUUGGGCAGUAAAAUGAAUCCGGUUGAUAAGUGUGAAAUUUGGUAGAAUAAAUUGCAGCUGUUAACAUGUUGCGACGGUCAUCAGUUGCAUUUUGGUGUUUUAGAUUAAAGGUGAUGUCUGCCAG